AUGCCCGGUCAAAAAGCAUACCCGCGGGCGACGGUCAAGAAGAUUGUCAAGGCCCACGCUAACUGCAAUGUUAGCAAAAAUGUCGAUGUCAUGAUCUAUCUCGAUUAUGUUUUCCUCAUGAAGGAGGCUACCAUCGAAGCCAAGCAAGGGGGUGAACGGGGCAUCACAGGUCGGAGUGUCAAGAAAGUCACUGCGGACACUCUUGCCAAGUUCAAGGGUUGA